GCCGCGUUCACGCUUCUCUUUCUCCGGUAUGGCGCCAUCAGCAGGUGGCUCUUUCUUCUACAAGACCAUGUCAAUUGAGAACACGCUGAGGUGAACCCGACAGCACAUCCACAGUCAGACUAAAUGCAUAAACUGCAGAGCUUCUCAGUGGCCAAACUGGUUACAGAUUUCAUCAGACUGUCCGUGAGAUUAAAGAGCUCUGGAGGAAGACCUUCAGCUCCCCUGGGUUCACGGAUUCUGACCAAUCCUGAUGACGUCUUUAAACACAACAUGUGGGAUCAUGUUGAGUGGACAGAGGAGGACGAAGAAAACGCACGGAAGAAGGCACAAGAAAACUCCAGUGAACAGCAUCCUUUAAAGGAACAAGGUAAAUUCGACACGGAAGCUGGUCAGUACUGGGACAGGUUUUAUGAGAUGCACCAGGAUAAGUUCUUCAAAGAUCGCAGGUGGCUGUUUUUAGAAUUCCCAGAACUGCUUCCUUCAGGUGCAGAAGAUCCAGACUCAAACACGUGUCAGAGUCAUCAGCAAGCAACAAUCCCAUUACAGAGCGCAUCGAGUAUGAACACAGAGACCAGACACAAUCAACACAUCGAUCACCACAACAGAAAUACGAACACUUUUCACUUUCAGGAGUUCUGUCAAGAAGCAGCACAAGAAACAACUACAGCUGACACACAGACUUCUACUUUUCCUGGACAGCAUGCAUCAUUCAGGCUCUUGGAGGUUGGAUGUGGAGUUGGUAACAGUGUGUUUCCCAUUGUUAAUAAACUCAAAGAAACUGACUCAUUUUUGUACUGCUGUGACUUCUCUCCUCGCGCCAUUCAGCUGGUGAAGGACCACCCAGACUACGAUGACUCUGUGUGUCACGCCUUUGUCCAUGACAUUUGCGAGGAGAUGGCCUCCUUUCCCUUUCCGGCUGAGAGCCUGGACAUUAUUCUGGCAGUCUUUGUGCUCUCCUCCAUUCAUCCAGAGCGAGUGCAGGGAGUUGUGAACCGACUAUCCACGUACCUGAAACACGGAGGGAUAUUCCUCUUCCGUGAUUAUGGGAGAUACGACUUCUCACAACUUAGGUUUAAGAAGGGACGGUGCUUAUCAGAGAAUUUCUACACUCGUGGAGAUGGAACCUGUGUAUAUUUCUUCACAAAAGAAGAGAUUCAUGAUUUAUUUUCCAAAGCUGGACUGGAAGAAAUUCAGAAUCUGGAGGACAAACGACUACAAGUGAACCGAGGAAAGAAAGUUGUAAUGCGACGAGUUUGGAUUCAGAGCAAGUACAGAAAAUCAUAUCCACAUGCCUCAUCUUAACACCCUGUCAUUCACAGCUUUAUUUAAAGUCUAUUGUGUGUGUGUGUGUAUAUAUAUAUAUGUAUGCACAGCAGCAAAACUCUGCAAUAAAAUUUUGAAAUAUGUUAUCAA